UCCCCAAUGAGAUUUUGACUUUUAACUCUCCUAGUCUAUCUCUCUCUUUCUUUCUCCCUCCACCCAUUAUAAAUUAGUAUUGUCCACACUAGUUGAGUAGUUUUUUUUAUUUUUUGUUUUCCCUUGGAUUUUACAUCUGGGCAGGUUGAUUUGGUUUCUCUCUUUGAGUGACCAACUUUUGAUCAGAUUUGUCUUUGUGGACUGAGAUCUCAACUCUUAUCAAGUACUGCCCUGAAAAUUAAUGGGGAAGCUCAGUCUUGGCAGGGUGUUAGACUGUCUUUGUCUAUCUUCUUCUGGGUCAGGCACUUCUUGUUUCUGCUUGAAUUCCAUGGAAUUUGAUGACGAGUUUGAGAGAAACCCUUUACUGAAAAGUGAAAAUAGCCAGUUGCUCACAUUGAAGGAUGUUGUUUCUGGAAAGCAGACUUUGGCUUCCCAAUUGAAGCCCAAGAUGGUAAUGCUAAGAGUGUCCAUGCACUGCCAUGGCUGUGCCAAAAAAGUUGAGAAACAUAUCUCUAAGAUGGAAGGUGUGACCUCGUACAAAGUGGAUUUAGAAACCAAGAUGGUGGUUGUCAUUGGAGACAUUCUUCCUUUUGAGGUGUUGGAGAGUGUCUCCAAGGUCAAGAAUGCAGAGCUUUGGAACUCUCCAUCCUAAUCAAACAAUAUUAUCUUCCAUCAUCCCUCCCACAUUGCCAGUGUUAUUCCUGUUCCCAAACAGGGACAAAAGAAGCCAAGAACAAGAUAGAGACAACUGCAUUAUUCUAUAAGCAUCAGAAGCCGUACCAUAUUAUAUAUAUAUAUAUAUAAAUACACACAUUUGUAAUAUCCCAUCUUGGGAAAAAAAAAAAAAAAAAAGAAGCACUUAAUCUGCGCCUGCAAUAUUCAGACCUCUUAAUGCCUUUUGGCAUUAUGAUUAUAUAAGCUUGUACAUGUAGUAUCACUUUGUUCCAAAGGCUCUAGUUGGAACAUAUGAAUAUUUGGCCAUUACGUUUAUGGCUUUCGUCUGUAUUUAAACUUCACAAACCUGUUUUGUUCUUGAUGUUUUUAUGCCUUAA